AUGAAUGUAGUCAAAGGAACGUUGCACACAGACCACAUAGGCCAAGGGUUUUCAGUCCGAAGGGGUAGGCAAGGGGUUCCCAGUCCUAAGGCUAGGCACAAGGGGUUCCCAGUCCUAAGGGCAGGUGAGGGGUUCCCAGUCCUAAGGGCAGGUGAGGGGUUCCCAGUCCUAAGGGCAGGUGAGGGGUUCCCAGUCCUAAGGGCAAGUGAGAGGUUCCAAGUCCUAAAUUUAGGCCAGGGGUUCCCAGUCCUAAGGGCAAGCAAGAGGUUCUCCGUCCUAAGGUUACAUGAGGUGUUCCCAGUCCUAAAGGUAGGUGAGGGGUUCCCAGUCCUAAGGGCAGGCAAGGGGUUCCCAGUCCUAAGGGCAGGUGAGAGGUUCCAAGUCCUAAAUUUAGGCGAGGGGUUCCCAGUCCUAAGGGCAAGCAAGAGGUUCUCCGUCCUAAGGUUACAUGAGGUGUUCCCAGUCCUAAAGGUAGGUGAGGGGUUCCCAGUCCUAAGGGCAGGCAAGGGGUUCCCAGUCCUAAGGGCAGGUGAGGGGUUCCCAGUCCUAAAUUUAGGCCAGGGGUUCCCAGUCCUAAGGGCAAGCAAGGGGUUCUCCGUCCUAAGGCUAGAUGAGGGGUUCGCAGUCCUCAGGGUAGGUAAGGGGUUCCUAGUCCUAAGGGUGGGCAAGGGGUUCCCAGUCCUAAGGGUAGAUGAGGGGUUCCCAGUCCUAAUGGUAGAUAAGGGCUUCCCAGUCCUAAGGGUAGAUAAGGGGUUCCCAGUCCUAAGGCUAGAUGAGGGGUACCCAGUCCUAAGGGUAGGCGAGAGGUUCCCAGUCCUAAGGGUAGGCGAGGGGUUCCCAGUCCUAAGGCUAGAUGAGGGGUACCCAGUCCUAAGGGUAGGCGAGAGGUUCCCAGUCCUAAGGGUAGGCGAGGGGUUCCCAGUCCUAAGGCUAGAUGAGGGGUACCCAGUCCUAAGGGUAGGCGAGAGGUUCCCAGUCCUAAGGGUAGGCAAGGGGUUCCCAGUCCUAAGGGUAGGCGAGGGGUUCCCAGUCCUAAGGCUAGAUGAGGGGUACCCAGUCCUAAGGGUAGGCGAGAGGUUCCCAGUCCUAAGGGUUGGCGAGGGGUUCCCAGUCCUAAGGGUAGGCAAGGGGUUCCCAGUCCUAAGGGUAGAUGAGGGGUUCCCAGUCCUUAGGGCAGGCAAGGGGUUCCCUGUCUUACUUAUAAGGUUACAAGCUAGCAGUGCGAAAUUGAUCAAAUGCAUAAGUAAUAUGAAUGUAGUCAAAGGAACGUUGCACACAGACCACAUAGGCCAAGGGUUUUCAGUCCGAAGGGUAGGUGAAGGGUUUCCAGUCCUAAGUGUAGACGUGGGGUUCCCAGUCCUAAGGGUAGGCAAGGGGUUCCCAGUCCUAAGGGCAGGUGAGGGGUUCCCAGUCCUAAAUUUAGGCCAGGGGUUCCCAGUCCUAAGGGCAAGCAAGGGGUUCUCAGUCCUAAGGCUAGAUGAGGGGUUCCCAGUCCUAAGGGUAGGUAAGGGGUUCCUAGUCCUAAGGGUGGGGAAGGGGUUCCCAGUCCUAAGGGUAGAUGAGGGGUUCCCAGUCCUAAUGGUAGAUAAGGGCUUCCCAGUCCUAAGGGUAGAUAAGGGGUUCCCAGUCCUAAGGCUAGAUGAGGGGUACCCAGUCCUAAGGGUAGGCGAGAGGUUCCCAGUCCUAAGGGUAGGCGAGGGGUUCCCAGUCCUAAGGCUAGAUGAGGGGUACCCAGUCCUAAGGGUAGGCGAGAGGUUCCCAGUCCUAAGGGUAGGCGAGGGGUUCCCAGUCCUAAGGCUAGAUGAGGGGUACCCAGUCCUAAGGGUAGGCGAGAGGUUCCCAGUCCUAAGGGUAGGCAAGGGGUUCCCAGUCCUAAGGGUAGGCGAGGGGUUCCCAGUCCUAAGGGCAGGUGAGGGGUUCCCAGUCCUAAGGGCAGGUGAGGGGUUCCCAGUCCUAAGGGCAGGUGAGAGGUUCCAAGUCCUAAAUUUAGGCCAGGGGUUCCCAGUCCUAAGGGCAAGCAAGAGGUUCUCCGUCCUAAGGUUACAUGAGGUGUUCCCAGUCCUAAAGGUAGGUGAGGGGUUCCCAGUCCUAAGGGCAGGCAAGGGGUUCCCAGUCCUAAGGGCAGGUGAGAGGUUCCAAGUCCUAAAUUUAGGCCAGGGGUUCCCAGUCCUAAGGGCAAGCAAGAGGUUCUCCGUCCUAAGGUUACAUGAGGUGUUCCCAGUCCUAAAGGUAGGUGAGGGGUUCCCAGUCCUAAGGGCAGGUAAGGGGUUCCCAGUCCUAAGGGCAGGUGAGGGGUUCCCAGUCCUAAGGGUAGAUGAGGGGUUCCCAGUCCUAAGGGUAGAUAAAUGGUUCCCAGUCCUAAGGCUAGAUGAGGGGUACCCAGUCCUGAGGGUGGGUGAGGGGUUCCAAGUCCUAAAGGCAGGUGAGGGGUUCUCAGUCCUAAGGGUAGGCGAGGGGUUCCCAGUCCUAAGGGUAGAUGAGGGGUUCCCAGUCCUUAGGGCAGGCAAUGGGUUCCCUGUCUUACUUAUAAGGGCUAAUUAUACCAAUGUUUGA